AUGCACCAGAAGGGCAACUCGAUUCGUCUCCUCACGGGCAACGCCCACCCCAAGCUCGCUGAGGCUGUGGCCGCACGACUCGGCAUCACGCUCACGCCCUGCCAUGUCUCCAAGUUCAUGUCGAAGGAGACCAGCGUGCAGAUCCACCAGUCUGUCCGUGAGGAGGAUGUGUUCAUCAUCCAGUCGCCGUCGCCCCCCGACAUCAACGACCACCUCAUGGAGCUGCUCGUCAUGAUCUCUGCGUGCAAGACUGCGAGCGCCAAGCGCAUCACCGCCGUCAUCCCGUGCUACCCCUACGCCCGGCAAGACAAGAAGGACAAGUCGCGUGCCCCCCUCACCGCCAAGCUUGUCGCCAACCUUCUCGCCGUCGCCGGCGCCGACCACGUUAUCACGCUCGACCUGCACGCCUCGCAGAUCCAGGGCUUCUUCGACAUUCCCGUCGACAACCUGUUCUCAGAACCCAGCAUGCUCUCGUACAUCAAGGCUCAGAUCCCCGACUGGCGCAACGCUAUCAUCGUUUCGCCUGACGCGGGAGGCGCCAAGCGCGCGACCGCGCUUGCCGACCAGCUCAACCUCGACUUCGCCCUGAUCAACCGCAAGCGCAGGCGCGACGUCCACUCCCAGUCCAUUCCCACCGUUCCCCCCACGCCGAUCGGCUCGGACGCCGGAUCCGCCGCGGGCAUCGAGGACGACGACGAGCACAACCACAAGAACGACAUGAUGGAGCUCCUCGUCGGUGACGUCAAGGGCCGUGUUGCCAUCCUCAUCGACGACAUGAUCGACACCGGCCACACUGUCCGUCUCGCCGCCGGCGUUCUCCGCGACUCGGGUGCUACCGAGGUCUACGCGCUCAUCUCGCACGGCCUCCUCUCCGAGGCGACGAUGGAGAACCUCCGCGACCUGCCCGUCAAGAAGCUCGUUGUCUCGAACUCGAUCGACCAGACCGAGCGCGUCGCUGCCCUCAAUGGCCAGCUCGACACGAUCGACAUUGCCCCCGUCAUCGCCGAGUCGAUCCGCCGCACCCACAACGGCGAGUCGAUCUCGGCCCUGUUCAAGAACGACUUCUUCUGA